GAGAGGAGACCGGAGUCGUCCAGCGCCCGCAGAGAAAAACAGCAUGGCCAAAGAGUGGGGGUACGCCAGCCACAAUGGUCCUGACCACUGGCAUGAACUUUACCCCAUUGCCAAGGGAGACAACCAGUCACCCAUCGAGCUGCAUACUAAAGACAUCAAGCAUGACCCUUCUCUGCAGCCGUGGUCAGCAUCUUAUGAUCCUGGCUCUGCCAAGACCAUCCUGAACAAUGGGAAGACAUGCAGAGUGGUGUUUGAUGAUACUUACGAUAGGUCAAUGCUGCGAGGUGGUCCUCUCUCCGGACCAUACAGACUUCGCCAGUUUCAUCUUCACUGGGGCUCCUCAGAUGAUCAUGGCUCUGAGCACACAGUGGACGGAGUAAAGUAUGCAGCAGAGCUCCAUUUGGUUCACUGGAAUCCGAAGUAUAACACUUUUGGGGAAGCCUUGAAGCAACCUGAUGGAGUUGCUGUGGUUGGCAUUUUUCUGAAGAUAGGGCGUGAGAAAGGCGAGUUCCAGCUUCUUCUUGAUGCUCUGGAUAAAGUUAAAACAAAGGGCAAGGAGGCACCCUUCACCCACUUUGACCCAUCCUGCCUGUUCCCGGCCUGCCGGGACUACUGGACCUACCACGGCUCGUUCACCACUCCACCCUGCGAGGAAUGCAUUGUGUGGCUGCUGCUGAAGGAGCCCAUGACCGUGAGCUCUGACCAGAUGGCCAAGCUGCGCAGUAUCUUUUCCAGUGCUGAAAAUGAGCCCCCGGUACCCCUGGUGGGGAACUGGCGCCCACCACAGCCCAUCAAGGGCAGAGUGGUGAGAGCCUCUUUCAAAUGAGGCCCUGGAAUCGUGCCCUCUUCAUGAAAGGAAACCUGGUCUCUGGAGAGCUUGGGUCACCGCCUCCUGGUGCUCCUCCGAGUAUAUUUCACUUCUCCACAGCACGAGAGGCAUGUGGGUGAUGUCCUACCAAGACAUCACAGUUACGUUGACAAGAUCUAAUCUGAAAGCACGAGUUUCACACAUUGCCUUUGUAAUAAUCAUCUUUUCUAUAAAGCAGUAU